UGCACAGCAGCAGUUCGGCAGCACACCCAUUUUUCCGAGAGCGACAGACCGAGUUCGGAGUCAUGCCCCCCUUCAAUUUGCGAGCGCUCGGUCGUGCAGCAGGUGUUGCGCGUCGCCGCGAGCUCGUUCGGUUAGCGCCGCCACGCACGCAAGCGAGACAGCAUCAUCCCUCUCCUUUCGACGAUGAUGGCGACUCGAACGCGACCAAGUGGAAGAAGACACAAGGUUGGCGAGCGGCCCAGGCUGAGAGGGACCUGCCGACAACGGCCCACGACAAAGAGGUGGAAAAGGGGCUCGAGCAUGGCUUGCCCGGGGCCAGCUCCAUCGUGGACAGGACCAUCCCCACGUUUAGCAGAGGCGAGCUGCCUCACUUCGCGGGCAUAAAUACCUUCAUGAAGGCUCCCUUCCUGGACGAUAUUCGCGACGUGGGCACCUACGACGUCGCCGUCUUGGGCGUGCCCUUCGAUGGCGGGACCACCUACCGCCCAGGCACUCGCUUCGGCCCACAGGGUAUCCGACGCAUCUCGGCCCUAUACACCCCGUACAACUACGAGACCGGGGUAGACCUCCGCGAACAGAUGACCAUGUGCGACGUCGGAGACGUGUUCACGAUCCCGGCCAACAUCGAGAAGACCUUCGACCAGAUCUCCAACGCCGUUGCCUACGUCUCCGCUUCGGGGGCAAUGCCGAUCAUCAUGGGGGGGGACCACUCCAUCGGCUUCCCCACCGUACGCGGGAUUGCGUCCGUGACCUCAAAGAACAUCGGCAUCAUCCACGUCGACCGCCACGCCGACAUCCAGGAAAAGGACCUGGACGAAAGGAUGCACACCACGCCCUACUUCCACGCGACUAACAUCCCUAACGUGCCUGCGAAAAACCUCGUUCAGAUCGGCAUCGGCGGCUGGCAGGUUCCGCGCGCUUCUUUGAAGAACAUGCGCGACCGGCAGACGAACAUCUUCACCAUGCAGGAUCUCGAGGACUUCGGCAUGGACAAGGUCAUCGAGAUGGCGCUCGAAGCGGCUUGGGACGGCUGCGACGCAGUCUACAUGUCCUAUGACAUCGAUUCCUUGGACGCGGCCUUCGUGCCCGGUACCGGUUGGCCGGAGCCUGGGGGGCUGCUCCCCCGGGAGGCGCACAAGUUGGUAGGAGGCGUUGCCAAGGAGGGACUAUGUGGCAUGGAGCUCGUCGAGGUUAGCCCCCCGUACGACGUUUCGGACACCACGUCGCUACAGGCCUUGCGGCUGAUCGUGGAGACAAUGGGGUCGCUCGUCUCGCACGACAAGAUGGGGUCCCACAAGGACAUCAUCGACAAGGAGUUCACACCCUUUUAAGUCUCUUUUCGAUUUUUUCGCACGUCGUCGAAGGGAUCCUCGUCACAUUUUCAGCAGUAUUUCUCUUUCAAUUGUUCAAACCAUUGUUGUAUCGUGGUCGCUGAGCAAGCUCCUGGUAGGAUCGUAACCUCUUGGCAUGUUUAUAGGGGGUACAUAAGGGGUACUGCUACCUACGCGCUUUUCGCGAUUAAAUUGAAGGAGGGCACCGCCACGUAUUAAUUGUAUGGGCAUUGUAUCUUCUCAACAGACAUUGCACCACCGCGAGGCAGGAGGCAGCACUGCUGUGUCGUGCUCCAAACGUUGGUUCCUACCGAUUUGCUGAGAACAAAGACGUAAAAUGGUGUAUCGUGUUGUUUCAACGACAUUGGCAGAGACCCCCUGUAUUUGUUGCCGAUGUCUACAUGACAUCAGGUUCGAAAAAAGUACAAUAUGUGUUUGGACGAAGUAUCAGAUAAAGUGGGUGGGAUGGGGGGCAGUGACGUUGGUGUAGGCGGUGACGGAGGACGCUAAGUGUCGCUGAAUUGAAUGUAGUAGUGUUUUUUUCUCGCUGCAGCAGCAACAGCAGCCACCACAGAUAGUGGGGGCCCAUGCCACAACAAUGGGAACAAUGGCAGCGGCGCUUUCGGCUUUUACCGUCGCUGUGUCGCGUGCUUGCGUUGGGAACGUUUCCGCCAAAGAUAAAAGAAAACGCGAUGAUUCGAUGCCACG